AUGAAGCCGUCAGCGGACUUGUCGCCGUCCUCGGCCGCCAUGUGUAAGCGCGAGGGGGGCUACGGCGGCGACGCGUCGAGGCUGACGGAGAGCGAGAAGGAGAAGACGAAGCUGCGCGAGCGGCAGCGGCGCGCCAUAACCACGAAAAUCUUUGCCGGCCUGCGCAAGUACGGCGGAUACAACCUUCCGCCGAGGGCGGACAUCAACGACGUUCUGCGCGCACUAGCCGCGGAAGCCGGCUGGGUCGUCGAGUCCGACGGCACCACCUACCGCUCCCCCGGGUCGCAGCCGCCCACUCGCCACUCGUCGCUGCACAGUCGCACGGCGGCUGCCAUCGCCGCCGGCUCGCUCGCCAUGUACCCGGCACAGCAGGCGCCGCAGCUGGCGCCGCAAUCGCCGGCGCAGCUGGCGCAUCUACAACAUCCUGCCGCGCACCUAUCGCACUCCGCGCACCCGCACGCGCUUCCCCAGCUCGCCGCAACGCCGUCAGGCGCAACCGCAUCCUUUUCGCCCAUGUCUCCGCGGGAGGCUUGCUCGUCCGCUCCGCUCGUCGGCUCUCCGCCCUCCACUGGCAGCCCCUCGCUGCUUCCCCGCUCCUCCCCCCCUUCCGCCGCAGCUUCCGCCGCAGCUUCCGCCGCAGCGUCCGCCAGCGGCGCGAUGGGGGGAACCGGAGGGGGAAUGGGUGGCGCAGGCAUGUACGGUGGCGGUAUGAUGGCGGGAAUAAACGGGUUCGGCCUGCCGGGAUCGUUCCCCGCGAUGCACCUUCCGCACGGCAUGCUUGCGCUGAUGCCGCAUCCGCCAGGCACUUCCUCCGCCGCUGCGGCAGGCGGAAUGGGCGCGUUCGCCAUGAGCAUGGGGCCCGGCGGGAUGAGCACGGGCAUGGGCGCAGGCUUGAGCGCAAGCAUGGGCGCGGGCACAGCGAUGAGCGCGGGGGGGGACAUGAAGAUGGAUCCACACGGCGGGGGGAUGCUGCUGGGGGGGACGAACGCGACGGGCGGAAGCAGCGCGUGCAUGAUGGGAAUGCUGGGGAGCGCGGAGGACCCCAUGUCCGCUGCCGCCGCGGCGGCUGUGACUGCCGCAAGUGGCGGCGGAGUGGGUGGCGGUGUGGGCGGCGGAAUGGGCGGCGGUAUGGGCGGAGCAAUGAUGCUUCUCCCCGGAUUCCACUCCUUGGCCCAUGGCGCGGGCUCCGCUGCUGCAGGGGGAAACAUGGGCGGGAUAUUGGGGCCCUUGGGGGAGCUACACAUGGGCGGAGGGUUGCUGGGGGGAGGAGGCGGGGGCAGCACUUUGCUCGGGGCGGAAGGCGAGGUGUCGCUAUCUCCGUCGUCUGAUAUCACCCUGUUCAAUUAUUUCGGUCCCGAUGGCGGACCCGCGUUGAAGAACAUGACUCCGAAGCUGGAGACGUUUCAAAUUCACUUGAAGGAUUCGUUAGGUCUCUCCGUUCCGCAUGUUGACCCCAAGAUUCUUCUCUUGACAGCGAUCGUGUUGGAAGGAGUGGGUGGCAUUCUGUUUACGAUUGGCAGCAGCUUGGGUGCAUACUUCCUGCUGCUCUUCCUUGUGGCAGUGACGCCCAUCAUGCACGACUUUUACAACUUCAAGCCUGAAAGUGCGGAAUACAUCCACGAGUUUAUCCAGUUCCUGAAGAAUCUUUCUCUGGUGGGAGCCCUACUCGUUUACCUCGGAAUGCGCAGCUCAGCAGCAAAGCUCGCAUCCAGGAAGCGAAAAGCCCCUUCCAAGUCUAAAGUCAGCUGA